AUGCAGCUUCGGAGCAAGGUGCGUCAAGCCGACGACGUGGUCUGCACAGGGAGGUGCGGGGUGGCUUUGUGUGAUAAAAGACCUCACAUCUCGUACGACGCAAGCACGAUUUUCGUACCUUCGGGAUCUAUCAUCCGCCAGUUCUCUCUGACAUCUGGAGAACCCUUGAAGACUUUGCGGUUCCACCAGAGUUUCGUGGUCGCCAUCACACCCUAUGCCGGCAACAGGGUCCAGUGCUUGUCAUGUUCCGUUGACGGGCGAUUAUUCAGAUGGGACUCCCUGGAUUGUUCUGUCAUUUCGGAGCACCGCUUGGUUCAAGCCGACUUGAAGGUUCAGGUUUUCGUGGCGUCCCGUCAAAGUCCCUUCAUCGCCUAUGUGACUCACACGAAAAUCGACGGCAAGGCUCAAAACACAUUGUAUAUUCGAAACCUCGAGGAUCUCGCGGAAGCGCCGCGAGAGAUCAGCAACUCUUGUUCGACGGAUAGUAGUCUCUACGCGUUCGCAGCGCAGUCGGAUCUGAUGGCAUGGACGGAGCAAGGACACGUCGCAAUCAUCCACUGUUCGAGCCCGGGCGUCGUCCGAAACAGUAGAUGUUCUUCGAAACCGACCUGCUUGGCGGUCCAUCCAACGAACGAAAUUCUAGCCGUGGGUGACAUUCACGGUGCCAUCUAUGUUCACACGGCUCCGUUCAACCAGGCCGCAAUGAAACUCCAUUGGCACACUUUGGCCGUGGGCGAUCUACAUCUGAGCUCGAACUUCCUCUACUCUGUCGGCUCUGAGGGUGUUCUAGUCAGAUGGAACAUCGAGAACGAAGAUAGACAGUACCUUCCGAGAUUGGGCUUACCGAUGAAAUUCAUAUCGGUCGCUGAGAAUGAAAAAUACGUGGUCUGCAGUCACUGUGAUAACACGUUAACGGUCGUGGUUGCGCCGAACACCGUUCACCGGGUGCUACAGGGCUUGAUUCAACGCAGCUUCUCUGGAGACUCACCGUCGGAGCUCGGACUCCUCUACGAGCCUUCCAGAGGCCACCUCGUGGUUUCGGGUAGACCCGGGCAGCUUCAGUUCUAUGACUUGGAGCAGGACCGACAAGUCCGAGUGGUCGACGUGACGGGAGAAAAUUUCGCGACGGAUUUCAAGCUCCAUUACCAAAUGAUGAAAGGCAUAAACUCCGAAAUCAUACUUGCGGAUUUCUCGCCCGAUGGGAAAUACCUCGCGACCGUCGAGUUCAGGACAACACUCUCAUCGACGAGUAAAUUGAAGUUCUGGAAGUGGCAAGACGAGAGUGGAGAAUUUGCCCUCAACACCAACGUCCUCAUGCCCCAUCUCAAACAUCGGCUCCGAGCUUGCAAAAUCGGAUAUUCAGACGGCCGAUAUUUCUGCGUUACGUCGGCGGACAGAACUUUCAAACUGUGGACUAUCGUGCAAGGAGAACCUGCUCGAUUUACGCAUUUUUCAGGUGAUCAAAUUUUCUGGCAAUCGGUGGAAGAACGCGAUUUCCGACGAUAUCCGUGUGAUAAGAUUGCGCUAUCCGAGGACCACACGAUUCUUGCGGUUUCUUUCGGUCAUAUGAUCACACUGUGGCAAAUACAGAACGGCGACAGUCUGCGUUACCUCGGCGAGCUGUGCGUCCAAGGCGACAAAUCCUGCAUAACUUCGCUCGAGUUCUGUCGAGCAUCCCACAGCAAUAUUCUUCUUGUCGCUAAUCACAAGAGUGUAUCGGCGUGGGAUGUCUUCUCUCUUGAUCGGAUAUGGACCUCGCCGACCCUGAUCAAACAGUUGAUCGUCGAUCCUCAAUCGGAGAACGUCGCUGCGAUCCAGAUUAAACCUAGUCGAUCUGUUGUGGUUUUCCAUCCUGAGCACGGAAUCGAAGCGCCGAUCGCCGAAAUCUCAACAAGCCAGGAGGAUCAAAUUCGUUGUGGAUUGUUUGUGCCACAGAAGCUACGGCGAGGGAAGUGUUCCGAGGUUCCCUGGCAAUCCGCGAGUUCCUUAUUAGUCAUGGGAAGGAAAGAUAAAUUGUUUCACUUUGUGCUGAAGAAAUACGAGGAUACCACUGAAGAUGAAUUGAGUCACGAUGUCGUGGAAUCCGCGAUGAAUACGGCGAGUCUCGUCACUCCUUUUGGAUCACAUCUCAUCUCGAUGACAGACCGCAGAAAGGACGCUCAUCGACGCUCAUUGAAAUCUAACGGUCACCUUGAGGGCUCUCGGUUCAUAGAGCAGAUUCUACAAACUCCGACGCAUGUCAUGCCCUCAGCGGCUCUCCUGGUCGAAGGCCUCUUGAGUUCUUUCUUGGGCCACGAUGUGUCGGACGAGACGUCUGACCUGAUGGAGAUUGAUGGCGUAACGAGAGCAGAACCGGCGCUGGACGACGACAGUGGGACCGACGACGCUCAUGAUGAUGUGAUCAAGAAAUCGAAGAUCGUCACGGAAGACGUUGCCGAAACGGAUCUCGUCGAAAAACUCCGAAACGGAGUAAAAUUGGAGAAAGUCAAGUUGCCGAAAUUGAAAGACUACGAGUGGAUUCGAUUGUAAAUAUAAAUUCGAUAUUGUAAAGAGACCAAAUUUAUUUGCCGUGUACAUACACGUAUCGCGUUGACUUAUUACAAUAAGACUGAGAGUUU